AUGGGACAGGGAAAGAAGACUAAAAAGCGCUCAGGUUUAUCUCAUAAUAGGACAGAUGCAAGCACAUCUUCUAGUGAAGAUGAUCAAAAGUUGAAGAAAACUAAGGUGACAAAGAAACGAUUGUCAAAAAAGUCCAUGAUCUCAAACACAUCAGAAUAUGAUGGGGAUUGUGAAGAAAGCACAGAGGCAUCUACGCAGCAGUCAGAUACCAGCAUGAAGUCAAUAGACCUGUAUGAUUUUCAGGAAACAGACAAUGAGGCACCAGACACUUCAUCUCAAAUAAAAAAGAAACAGCAUUUAAAAAGCACCAAGAUGAAACAAACAAGAAUAAAAGAUCUGAAAGCCAAUUCCAACAAAAGGAUGCCCAAAAAAAAGAAAGAGAGCGAAUCAGUUUCUCAUACCCAGGAAUCAGAAGUACCACAAUUUCCACUCGGUGACAAUUGUAUAGAGUUUGAACUAGUUCAUGAGGUAUCAGAAAGUGAAAGAAAAAAUAGAUCAAAUCAGAGAAGCUCAGUUUCUGUGGAAGACAAGAUACAGUCUUCUCUAAGUGAUGUUGAAAUGAAACCCACUGAUAUGAACCCUUCAGUGAAACUUACCAAGAUUGAAAUUACUCAACAUAAGUUUGAUGUGUCAAAUAAUAAGGGACAGAAACGAAAAAUGUCACAAGAAAACGAAUCUAGUAAGAGGAAAAGUAUGAGAAUAGCUCAACAUGGUAUGCAAAAUGAUAGUGUUUUUUUAUCCCCUCCACUUCCACGUCGUCCAGCCAAAACUAAUGAGAUGAAAGAGACAUCAACACCAAAUGUAACAAGGAACUCCAGAGAUUCCUGUUUUGGAUUUGAAUCCCUGACAACUGCAGAACCCAUGUUAUCCCCUGUGCGUUUCACCAGUCCAACUUCUGAUUAUGGGUCAAUGAUGUCCAGCUCAGCUCAGUCCUCCACAGCGUCCAGGUUUGACACAAGUAGCUGGAGAGACAAAUCCAAAAGAACCUACACUAGGAGAAGUGCAUCUCUUGGUAAGAAUGCACCAGAACCUAUACUGUAUGAUCUGUCAGUAGCAGAUGAAAAACAAAAGCGGGUAUCAAAGCCAAAAAAGAAGAAAGAAGUGUUGGCUAAAUACGAGGACUGGGCAGACAAGAUGAAUGCAGAGUUUGAAGAAAUUGAGAUGCACGAGCUUAGUAUUGAAGGAUAAAUAUAUUGUAUCUCUGAAAAUGUUUUAGUGUACUGUACCUGGCAGUUGAGCUUAAAAACUUUUUCCUCGGGUGGGCAAUUAUUAAUUUAUUUGAGUGAAAAACCAGUUACAACGUUCUCCCUGCUUUUGUCAUAAAGUAGUAGAUACACGUUUUAAGAGAAAUAAGCUUAUAAUUUUUUUUUGACGAGGGUGGAUUAUACAUUUUUAUCUGAUAAAAUGAAAAAUACCAAAGAGUUGUGAAAUGGUUAUAAUAUCUGUUGUGCAGUAAGCUACUGGACAAUACAUCAGAAAAGUGCUUACUAGUUUUGGAAGAGAAAUUAAAUGCUGGCAGGCAUCCACUGCUUUCUACAAAGCAAAGCAUGCAAGUGGCAUCUUUGUUGAGCUCAGUGAUUUAUUGAUUAUUAACUUGGUAUUCUAAAGUAUUUGUUUAAUAGUAUGUAGAACAAUAUGUAUAAAUGGUCAAUUGUAGUGCUGUAAAUUUUUAACUAAGUUUUCUUUAUGGAUAUGCAUUUACAGGUGAUAUAUUUACAUUGACCUACUGCAUUUUGAAAGAAAUAUUUCCUGACGUAAAGAUAUGAAUUAUAUUUUUCCAUAUACUAUUUCCAUUUAUACAUUAUUUUGAACACUCAUGGCUUUCAUUGUAUAUUUUGAUGUAAAUAAUUUGAGUUUUUUUAAGUUAGGUACACCUGACACAGCUAGAUUUAGCUUCAUGGAAUCAACUUUUAUGUCACUUCACUAGUUACUGAAUAAAGAACAUACAAUUGCCUCUCAA